AGGUAGGAAGGCUGACGAGAGACGGGAAAAGAGCGUCGACGUUGAGAGAGUUUUAGUAAGUGCGCCCAGCCUGGUCAGUGAGGACGGAACCAGACUUCGCCGAUUGGCUUCGGAUAUGGGUUUGGUAGGUUGCUAUGAGUACCCUCUCGUCACUAUAGCUAUAUGGCACCGGCAGAUACUUCUCAUCUUGACAUCAGCCUGCCGGCUAGGUGGUAGAAGUACAGAUGAAGUUAUGCUCAGUACUUGCACACACGUUGUUCAUGCGGAAAGCUGGCGCGCAUCCUCGCUGAUCCGCACCGAUGUCGUCCCGAGAGGCGUCUUUUGGCCAUUGGAUCCCUACGCCACAUCCGUCCAUGUCAGUGUGACAUCCGACGGAAACAUCGAGCAAGUUUUUUAUUUUAUCCACUGCAUCAGCAGCCGUCAUGUGCAAGGGCCCGGUUGCCGCUCGGCCACUGACGAAACCAUGCACAGCAGCAGUCCGGCAACAACGCCCGCAGAAGACUCAACAUGUGCACAACUGCAGGGUCGCUUGCCAUGGUGCGCUGGGAGAAGAACACUGCAACUUCCUGUUUGAGAGACCUUUGGCUUACUCUAAUGCGAGGAGCUGGUAAGCGGCGCCCGUAAAAAAACGCGGGGUUGGCGAGGUCGACUACGAAUCAAGCGUGGCCAGUGGCCUAGCUAGUCCCCUGCGACCUCGGCCUAUGCGGUGAGAGCGGUUUAUCUCCUUCGACUCACGAUGGAUUUCUGUUUUCCUGCAUCUCAUCGCAAAGCUUGG